AUGGCACCUUCAAAGAUAGACCACCCCUCGGUCCAAGGAUGUCUAAUUUCCUUCCCAGCCCCUCACGUUCUUCUCCUCACACUCAACCGACCUAAGCAGCGAAACUGCAUAUCGCUCGCUACGAGCGCCGAGAUACAACGGCUCUGGGAAUGGUUCGAUACGAACCCCCAUUUACGAGUAGCCAUCAUUACGGGAGCCGGCGAGUCCUUUUGCUCGGGAGCGGACUUAAAAGAAUGGAACGAACUAAACGAGCGCGGCAUCACGAAUGAGAUGACGGCACCGGGACUGGCCGGCCUACCUCGCCGGAGAGGAGGCAAGCCAAUCAUUGCCGCCGUCAACGGAUAUUGUCUCGGAGGCGGAUUUGAGAUGGUGGUUAAUUGCGAUCUCGUCGUGGCCAGUGAACAGGCGAGCUUCGGCUUGCCCGAAGUGCAGCGCGGAAUUGCCGCCGUUGCAGGCUCCUUGCCUCGCUUGGUCCGAGUAAUAGGCAAGCAGCACGCCACGGAGAUGGCCCUGAGUGGUCUUACCUUCUCCGCCUCUCAACUGGAACGCUGGGGAUUGGUGAGCCGCGUAGUGGCAAGCGCUCAGCUGCUGGAGACGGCAGUGGAGAUGGCAACUUCCAUCGCAAGCAAUAGCCCGGACAGCAUCCGAGUCACGAUGGAAGGCCUUCAUUACGGUUGGGAGAUUCCCAGCGUCGAGGAAGCCAGUACCAAGCUGGUCGAUCGGUGGUAUCCGAAGCUCAUUGCUGGAGAAAAUUUUCAUGAGGGCGUCAAAGCAUUUGUGGAGAAAAGGAAGCCACAGUGGAGGCCCUGUAACUUGUAA